ACCCUUCAAGAGUACUUUGAGCACCAGAAGAAGCUCGAAGCGGAGGCGGCCCAGCUGCAGGCGGCCCAGGACGCGGCCGUCGCGGCUCGGGAGCGCGAGACUCGAGAACGGGUGGAGAGGGAGCGCGCCGAGAAGGAGAAGGCCAGUCAGCUGGAGGCCCUUGCCAACAACAUCACCAACAGCAUUCACCUCAACAGUGCUGCUGGUCCUGGUGGUCCUGGUCAGAACAAUCCCAACCCCAACAACUCGAACAUUUCCAGCAAUUCGAACAACUCAGGCAGCUCAGCCGUGAGCAGUCUGAAGAAGAAGAAGGACGGCCCGCCGUCCGCCUCCGCCUCGAUGGAGGUGAAGCAGCGGCUGCAGGAGUUUGUCCUCGCCAAGAAGCAGCAGAGGGAGGCGGCGGCUGCGGCCGCUGCUGCUGCUGCCGCCGCCGCCGCCAACGGUGGUCAGCCUCCGGCGGCAGGCGGACCGGGCACGCCCAGUCCGCCCACCUCUCGAAUUGGACCAUGGCACGCCACCCUGGGCAAAUACGAUCACGACUUUCCACUUCGCAAGACAGUCAUCGAGGGCGAGUUCACCCCGCCCACUAGUCCGACGGCCUUCUUCCACCACCAGCAGCAGCAGUCUCAGCAGCAGCAACAGCAGCGGAUGCGAGAGGACCAACAGCGGGCGAUCGCUCUGGCCAUGCAGGCGGCUGUACAGCAGCAACAGCAGCAACAACAACAACAGCAACAGUCAUCAAAUCCGAACAUCUUUGCAGCUGCUGCCUCUGCGAACCAAG